AUGGCCGACGAUCGUAAUGAAUUUGAACAAAUUGAUGAUGACAGUUUUGAUAUGUUAAGUCUGAGGAACAUUUUGUUGAAGGAUAAUCACAAUGUUGAUAAUAUCGUGUUAUUUCUGUAUCAAAGUCUACGUCAGACCGGCAACAAAGGCAGGCCCUUCAGUUUGAAAACAGUGACAAAAAUAGUGAACUUCUUAUUAGAAUUAGUUUCAACUGAAGUGAAAGAAAAUGUCCAGAAAAAAUACUUUGAUGACAAAUAUGUUUUAGAAAGAUUGACAUCGUUGAUGGUCAGAUGUCAAAAAGUUGUUCAGUCUGCUAGAUCUAGUGUUCCAUAUCUUUCCAAUGACCAAUUAGAUGGUGUAAGUUUUAAAGAAUUACUCGUCAGCAUGUGCUCAUUGUUACAUGGUUGCCUAAACAAGACGAACUAUUUGAUGAAUGACUCCAUCUAUAAUUCAUAUAUUAAAAUUGCUACAUUAGCUCUCCAGUUUGUAUCAAAUGUUGUCUGUUUGAAGAAUGAGUGUCAUCAGAUAGUUUUGGCGGUUUUAUUAGUGAUUCUUAUUGAGUUGAUAAAGAAUGAAUCUAUGUUUGAUAAAAGUUUCAAUUCAACGACGAAAGCCCUGUUGUAUAACUGCAUUGCUAAAUCUGCUGAUGCCUUUAUACUGCUGAAGAAAUAUGCAAAAAAUAAAUUCACCCAUGAUAAUGCUGAUGAUGAAGGCGAUGGCGCUGCUGCUACUGAAGCUGCUGCUGAUGAUAAUGAUAAAGCUGGCGGUAAUGAUAACGAUGAUAUAGUUUGUCUGAGCCACACAUUACUGUCAUCAAUUGUUAAGAAAAGUGAAGAAGACGACGAUGAUGAUGAAGAUGUUUGUGAAUGGAGUUUAUUUAUAGUUGAAAAGCUGCUGAAAUCUUGUGGGUUUUUGAGGUUUAUAUGGCCCCAUCUCUCUUUCAUUGAGAAACAUCUGGUCCUAGAUUUACUACAUAACGAAUGUGAGCAGUUGAAAGUGUUGGAGACCACAACUACUUCUACUGCAUUUACUAAUACUAUUGCUGCUGCUACUGCUGCCACUGCCACUGCUUCUACGGCUACCACCACUACUACUGCUGCUAAUCUUGCUGAAACUUCGAGAGAAAAAUUUGAAUCACACUUCAACGUUGAUGCGUUGAGAUUUUUAAUCGAAUUAAUUCUAAAAAGUUAUGAUAAUGACGAUCGUAAUAAUGGCGUUGGUGCUAAUAACGAUCAUAGCGAUGGUGGAGAUAUAUUGAAGAGAAUGUUAAAAUCUGGUCCAUCCAACGCCCACAUCUCAUCUGUCAAGAGGAAUGCCCUCUCUCUCGUCGCCAACAUUACAUUCAAAAAUAAAACACUACAAGAUUUGUUGAGGGGAAAAGGCGGAAUUGAAGCUAUCCUGAAUAUGACUGCCAUUGAUAAAUUCUGCCCAACCAAUCAGCAGUGGGCACUCCUCGCCAUACACAGCUUGUGCGUUGGAAAUCCCGAGAACCAGGAGUACAUAUCAAAACUGAAAGUAGAACGGGUCAGCGAACUGAACAAUGACCUUCGAUCGGUCGGGGUCAAUGUCAAGGUCGUCGAUGGAAGGUUACGUUUUGAAAGCUCGUAA